CCUGGAUCAUCUCGUUAUGGACGCCUCGACGCCCCGUUCAUCAUGAAUGAAUGCCUGGCUGCGCUCCAUCGCACGACAACCUCACAACCUCGCCGCUUCUUCUGGCUACCCAGCACGAAAUCCAAAGACCGACAGCUGAAUGACGAUCUCUAGCUUGUGUGAGUGGUACCACGGCGUACCGGUAUUCCGCAAGAGUGCCGAAGCCAAUCUUUUUGCCGGGGCGAGUAAUCUUGUACCAAACCAAUCCCGUGCUCCCCGAACAGAUCCAACAGUGCCUUCACGGCACCAGUUAGUUUCGUCUUCCACCCAAGUUUGGCCCGCUGCAUGAUGGCUUCGGCACUCGAGUACAUUACAGGUUAGCUAGCUAUUAGCCAAUGGCCAACACUAUGACAUACGGUAUGGAGAGUGGAGAGGGAUACCGGUACCGGUAUGAGCAAGUUAUAUCCUUCGCUCUCCGGUCUCCGGUUCGGUUACCGGAUCCUACCAGUACCGGUACCGAUAGCCACUUUGGAGUUCGGCUACCGAUACCUACUCGGUAAAGGUUGUGAUACUGGCAGUUAAAUCGCAACUACGAUGCGGUUUUAAGAAGGUCUUCCGAAGAGGAGCAAGGAUAUAAAGCGUCCAAGUUGAACCGGGUUUAAAUAAGCGGCAGCAGGACUUAAAGAAGGCGGAAUACAGGAAGCAGUUUUUGGUUCUUACGUACCGGACAGGUACCCUUGUCGACUGACGUGGUUCAACUCGUGGUUCAUACCAGUACAUGUACCAGAUACCAACAAUUUCCGGUUUGCUUCGGAUCUGCCUACCGGUAGCAUUCAGAGCUCACAAAAUCCUCGUCCAAGCGUCCAAGCAACACCUCAAAGCCAAUCCAAACUAGAAAAUUCAUUGACCAUGGUACCCGCUGCCACCAACCCCAACCUUUCCAAUGCGGUGUGCGUAAUCACCGGCUCCAACUCUGGAUUUGGCAUGCACGUUGCCAAAGGAAUCGCCAGGCAAGGAGGUGCUGUGGUAAUCUCUGGGAGAAAUGCCGGAAAAAAUGAAAGAGUCAAAGCCGAGUGUGAAGCAUUGGGAGGAAAAGCGAUUGCUGUGACGACGGAUAUUUCCGACAAUGAGUCCGUCAAGAACCUUUUUACCAAGGCUCGAGAAGCCUUUGGUGACAUUACCCAUGUCUUUCUCAACGCUGGCGUGUUCCCCACAAGCUGUCCCAACUAUGCCCUGGACGACGAUGAAGUCGCCAUCAAGGAGAUUGAAAACCAAAUCAAUAUCAACGUCAAAGGAACCCUGUUCACGGUUCGCAAGGCCUUCAAAACUCUGACAGAACAGGGCAAGGGCGGAUGUGUGGUCUUCACAUCUUCGGUUGGAGCCAGUAUGGGCAAUGGCUGUGGUGAGAUCUUGCCCGCUGGCAACACCAUCUUUAGCUUGUACACCAGCACCAAGACGUUUGUGGAUUCCGUUGCCCGAGGAAGUACCACUUUUCUCAAGGAUCACAACAUUCGAACAUACACCAUUUCCCCUUCGGUUUACAUCACGGGCCUUUACGGGAACCAAGCCGCCGACGGUACUGGAUCGGUAGUCAACCCACUCUUGAAAGACUACAGUGGCGAUGCUCGUGACGUUGCCAAGGUUGUUUUGGCAUUGAUGGAUGGAAGUUCCUCGUGGAAACCAGGCUCCAAUGUGGCCUGUGAAGGACCCUUCACCUAUGAUGUUCACGAACGUUACAAGAUCAUGUAUGCUCCGGAAUCCUUUGGUAUUGCAUCGCCCCCCAUCCCAAUGGAAUCUCUUUGCAACUACUUGGGAGAGCCGGCGUCCGUUACCAAAGAGGACCUAGAAGAGAUUUAUGCGGACUACAAAGCCGCGCAACUGGAGCAGGAAGCAAAAAAGGGGGCAGCUUUCAAGGCGGCCAAGGAGGUGGAACCUGAAAUACCCAAUGUGUCGGUCGAUGGGGACAUUAAAGAAGUCGUCUGCUAAACGUCAACUGAAUUUGAGCGGAGAAAACGAAUGAUAUUCCGGUGUCGAGGAUGGCGACAUGCCAAAACUUGGACGUGGUGCUCCGAUGCAUGUUGCGGAGGUAAAGUGGUCAGCCUGCCUACCGAUACCAUGAUUGAAUUAUACGGUAUCGGUAUUAAUAGCGCUUUUAUGUAAAGGAAGUAGAAGUUUUGC